AUGCCGUUUGACAACGAGGGUGGUGUUCAGGUUGCGCCGGUUACGCAACGCCCAAAAAUUCAUGAGGUGAAGCACCACAAGUUCGUGGCCCGGGUUCUUCGCCAACCUACCUUCUGCUCCCAUUGCAAGGGCUUCAUCUUUGGCCUCGGCAAGCAGGGAUACCAAUGUAUGGGCUGCCAAACGGUCGUCCACAAACGCUGCCACGACAAAGUGGAGUGCUCCUGUGUCCUGGCCGAAAAUGCGGACGACGGGAGCAAUGAGAACGAGCCCCCGCUGCACCACUUUGCCACUCGCACCUUCACCAAACCGACCUUCUGCGACCAUUGCGGAUCUCUUCUUUAUGGCAUCUGUCGCCAGGGAAUGCGAUGUGAACCGUGCGAUACGACCGUACACAAACGUUGUCAUCACAAAGUGGCCUGCAAGUGUCAUCAUGAUAUGGCCGAGGCUCAGCAUACGGACGACCCAGCCAUGUCCGUAGAACCCGAAACAACCCCUAAAAACGUGCUAUACAUCGCUGGUACUCGAGUCACCUGGGAACUGCUGGAAAAGGACCUAAAGGAGCACUUUGGAACCACCGCCCAAUUCGGCGAUCAAAAAUCGGCUGUCCCAUUUGGUGCCAACCAGGGCUUUGUUUCACAAGUUUUCCUGGUUGAGCCUGACUGGACCAUGGAGCAUGAGAAGCUCCCAAAGAAGCUCGUGCUCAAGGUCACCCAGCCGGACAAGCUCCAGGCGAUGUGCGAGCAAGUGUUCAAAGUAUCAUUUGAGGCGAUGAAACCGUCUAUCAUUAAGGUACACGAUAAUGAGGUCAACGCCUAUCAACUGAUGCGAGACGAGUGGAAGAGCGUCGAUGCUUUGAAAAUGCCGAAAUACUACUCCGGACGGCACUACGGCCAUGAUGGUGGAGAUUAUGGUUACCUAGCAAUUGAAUUCCUGGCCAAUGGGGUUCCGCUUCACACCUAUCAUAAUUUAUCGAUGAAAACGUGCGAGAGUGUCAUUCGACUCCUCGCCAAAAUGGGAGCACUUUCCCUCCAAAAUCCCGAAAACGUCCUGAAAUUCGACUUCAACUUUAUUCAACAAUUCGGAGCGGUCAUGUUUGGCCCCGAGAAAGCUCGGGAAAGCGUAAAGUUGGUCGGGCAACUAAUCCCAGAAACCCAGGAUGACCUUGAAUUCAUUGAAUCGAAAAUCGAUGUCAUUUGCAAUAUGGGAACUAUGGAGAAGAUUGUUGCGGAAAGUGCUCCGAUUCGCAUGCUGUGCCACGGUGAUCUGGGGAUUAUGAACUGCAAUAUUUGUAGAUUGGCAGGGACCCACGCUGGUUCCCCGAUCGAAGAUAUACUGCGUUUCCUCAGUUCGGCCGUCAGUGCUAAGGAUCAUCAGGAAAUGCGCCCAAAACUCAUCCAGACUUACUACGACGCUUUGGUCGACGAGUGCGCAGGAAAAGUAGAGAUCCCAUUUACCACCGACAUGCUCAAUGAAGCAUACGAGAAGCUGAUGCCGGCCUUCAUGAUCCCGGCCUUCCAAGCCAGCGUCGGUUUUACGGAAAUGAUACUGGCUGGCGCACCAGCGGACGAGCAGCAAGAAGCCCGCCAAACACUCACCCUCCGGAUGCACGGCCUGGUCAAGGAGGCCAUCGGAUAUCUGCAUAAGUGGUAU